AUGGAAGUCGAAAAAUCCAGUUUGACAAGAUCUUCAACUUCAAACCGAGCAAAAGUAGCACACGAUCAGUUGCAUGGUGUAACACAUAAAAUGUCACCGCAUGCAAUUAAUAGAUCAGAUAACACGAAGUAUGAACAAAAUCCUAUGAAUAAAGUAGACUCUCCAACUGCCCAUUUUAAUACUCGAUUAUUCAAUGCACGCAAACAAUUCUCUAAGCCGUCUGUGCCUAUUAUUUCAUUUGACGAUCAGAUUUCACCUACAACUAGUCCUCAGUCGUCACGAUCAACCUACAGUCGUAAUGUAAUGUAUAAAACAGAUUCGAUGGAGUCUAAAACAUCUGUCCCUGUAUCUCCAACCGAAUUAAGUUACACAUCAAAUUUUGAAAAGAAUUUAUCAUACAUCACUACAACUAUGCGGGCUUUAUCAACUUCUCCGCGUAAAGGCUCACCAAAUGCUUUAAUACCUCCAUAUAAUAAAACUUUGCUUCCUUUAGCCUUUUCAUUUGACGCUAUAAAUCCAGAAUAUCCUGGAGAUAAAGCAAAUAUACUUCCCCAGACUAAUAAAGGUGUCAGUGAUAAAAUCUCACACGAAACGCAUAAUGCUAACAGAAGUAAUAAAAAAGGUUCGUUGAGUCCUAAGCCUUAUCUUCUCAAAAGUUCUCAUGUAACAGGGAAAAUCUAUAUGCCGAAUACACUAUCAGCGGUAACACCGAUGGCAUUAGCAGCAUCAGGUGAUGAUGUAAUGCUAAGUUUAGUGCAUCAGAGGUCGACAGAGUCACAUGAUUCCUCGAUAAGUAUGCCUAGUGCAACUAGUUCCGGAGGUAGUCCGUACACAUCAAGUGCAUCACAUUUACUCAAAUCGAUUAGAAAAGAAGAUAAGUUAUAUCGAAGUACAGAUGUUAAUUUUAAUAUGGAUGAACAGAGAAUGCCAAAUCCUGAACAACACAUUAUAAGACGUUCAAGCUACGAAAUGGCUACAGGAAAAUUGGAACUCCCCAUUAAAAAAUCAAAGAAAAAGACCUGGAAAGAAGCUUUAUGUUCCUUGAAGGCAAAACUGCGUAACCGCGAAAAUCCAAAUUAUGCCACUUAAUUCAAGAAAAUACAAUAAGUAACUUUGUAUGCAUAACAAAUAUUCAAUAGAAUAAAAACCCAGUUCAUCAUUAUAUUAAUUAGACAAGUUUUGUAUUUUAUUCAAAGUACUUUUGAUAAUCUCGAAAGAAUUCAUUUGAUAACUGGUUCG